UUGCAGUAGAUACCCUCCCAGCUUCCGGUCCUUGCUGUAUUUUCUGCCGUUACUCGGAGACACAAAGCGACAGGAGCUGGGCAUAGCUGAAGGAUGGCCUGUGCUCCGGUAUAGGACGGGCACGUAGCUGCUGAGCCCCGGGACAUCAUGUGACAUGUCACUGCCCUGAGCCACGGGCCCCCCACGGGACAUGCAGGAUGUUCGCUGCCCGGAUCGCCAGUGACGUGCCCUCGAGCGAGUGGGGCAGGUGCAGGGGGGGCCCUGAAUGAGAGCCCCAACAUGGAGGUGGUGGGCGACUUCGAGUACUGCAGGAAGGAUCUGAUCGGGCAUGGAGCCUUCGCCGUGGUGUUCAAAGGGCGGCACAGGAAGAAAACAGACUGGGAGGUGGCGAUUAAAAGCAUUAAUAAAAAGAACUUGUCAAAGUCCCAGAUCCUGCUUGGCAAAGAGAUAAAGAUAUUGAAGGAACUGCAACAUGAAAACAUUGUGGCUCUUUAUGAUGUUCAGGAAUUGCCCAACUCUGUUUUCUUGGUCAUGGAGUACUGCAAUGGGGGAGACUUGGCAGAUUAUUUACAAGCUAAAGGAACUUUGAGUGAAGACACCAUUCGAGUCUUUCUACAACAGAUCGCAGCUGCCAUGAAGGUGUUACACAGCAAGGGAAUCAUCCACAGGGACCUAAAGCCACAGAAUAUUCUUCUCUCUUAUGCCACUCGGAAGAAGCUUAAUUUUAGUGGCAUCCGGAUAAAAAUUGCGGACUUUGGCUUUGCUCGUUAUCUGCAGAGUAACAUGAUGGCUGCUACGUUAUGUGGUUCUCCAAUGUACAUGGCUCCAGAGGUUAUCAUGUCACAACACUAUGAUGCAAAAGCAGAUCUUUGGAGUAUAGGAACCGUCAUUUAUCAGUGCCUAGUUGGCAAGCCACCAUUCCAGGCAAAUAGUCCCCAGGAUCUGCGAUUGUUCUAUGAGAAGAAUAAGAACCUUGUUCCAAGCAUUCCCGGGGAAACGUCUCCAUACCUGUCUGACUUGCUGCUGGGACUACUUCAGAGAAACCAAAAAGACAGGCUUGACUUUGAGGGAUUCUUCAGCCAUCCCUUCCUUGACCAGGUGUCUACAGUCAAAAAAUCCUGUCCUGUCCCAGUGCCUACGUACUCGGGGUCAAGUAUAUCAGGCAGCUCCUGUGGAAGCUCACCUUCUUGUCGAUUUGCCUCUCCUCCUUCUCUACCAGACAUGCAACAUAUCCAAGAAGAAAAUCUUUCAUCCCCACCUUUGGGUCCUCCAAAUUAUUUACAGGUUUCCAAGGACUCCGCCAGCACAAGCAGCAAGAACUCAUCUUGUGACACAGAUGACUUUGUCCUGGUUCCUCACAACCUCUCAUCUGACCACUCAUACGAUAUGCCCACAGGCACAGCUGGGCGCAGAGCAUCUAGUGAGUUCUUGAUGUGUGGCGGGCAAUCACCUUUAAAUACAUCUGGAGGUUCCGGACAGACGCAAAAACCCUCUUCCAGUUCUUCACGCUGCAGCUCUUCAACUGUAGCAUACAGACAGAGCCAGCCUCAGGUGUCACCACGUAGCGAGACUGCACCUAUUCCUGUCCCAACCCAACUACGGAACUACCAACGCAUUGAGCAGAAUCUCUCAUCUACUGCUAGUCCUACAUCUAAUCCUCAUGGCUCCCCCAGCAGAUCUGGUGCAGUGAGGCGCUCAAAUACCAGCCCCAUGGGCUUUCUCAAAGUUGGUUCUGGGUCUCCCAGCUCCACAGAUGUGGUGCAAGCUAUCGGACGCCGCUUGUCCACUGGCUCUUCAAGACCUUAUUCUCCAUCACCAUUGGUUGGAACCAUCCCAGAGCAGCUAGGCCACUGUUGUUGUGGUCACCCUCAAGGACAUGAAUCCAGAAGCCGAAGUUCUUCAGGAGGGUCCCCAGUGCCACAGUCACAGUCUCCACAGUCUUUGUUGGGCGCAAGACUGCAAAGUGCACCGACUCUCACUGACAUUUACCAGAACAAACAGAAGCUACGAAAGCAGCACUCAGAUCCUGUAUGUCCUUCCUAUGCUGGACAUGGCUUUAGCCAUUCACCACAGCCAGCACGGCCUGUCAGUCUUGGUGCGUCUCCCACAAAGCACAUGGGAUCUUCUCCUAGGAGCUCAGAAUGGCUGUAUAAAACCCCACUGCCUACCAUCAUUGGAUCUCCAACCAAGACAACUGCUCCAUUCAAGAUCCCUAAAACCCAAGCUUCAUCCAAUCUGCUUGCUCUAGUUAAUCGUCAGGGACAUGCAGAUGCUUCUGCACAGGCCAAAGACUUGUGUGAUCCAAGGGAUUUCUCUCCUUUCCUUUGUUUGCAUGGCCAUGAGAAAUCCAGCCAUGCAGAACAUGGAAAAGCUACUUUUGGAAGGUCUGUGAGUGCUGGAAAAUUGUCAGAUCAGACAGUAAGAGCUACUCUGGGAGGGCAGCAUUACCAAGGAAGCACAGACAGCCUGAACUCUGAACGUCCAAUGGACACAGUCCCUUCAGGUGGUACAGGAACUGUCCUGACUGUGCCCUCUGCCAGUACAAGAGCAGUUAUGUUUACCGUCGGAUCUCCUCCUAACAGUUCUACCCCUCCAACAUGCACACAUAUGAUGAUGAGGAAGAGGACCACUUCAGUUGGCUCAAACAGCUCUGGAGGCUCUCUCUGCUCCACCAGUGGUCGUGUGCAUAUGGGAUCUCCUUCUGGUAUUCACAUGGGUUCGUCUCCUCCUGGAGCUGAUGUAGCCCCAAGCAUGAAAUAUAUGUCCUAUGGUACAUCCCCUCCCAGCCUGGAAGAUUUCAUUACAUUUGAAGCACCGGAGCUACCUGAAGAAACUCUGAUGGAGCGGGAGCACACAGAUACUCUCAGGCACCUCAAUCUGAUGCUGAUGUUCACAGACUGUGUGAUGGAGCUGACGGCGGCCCGUGGAGGGAGUUCAGAUUUGUGCACCUCUGCUAUGUCUCUCUAUCAGAUUCAAGAGAGUGUGGUAGUAGACCAGAUAAGUCAACUGAGCAAAGAAUGGGGACAAGUGGAACAGCUGGUGCUGUACAUGAAAGCGGCUCAGUUCCUGGCAUCUUCCCUGCAACUUGCCAAAUCGCAAAUCAAAUCUGGGAAGCUGACGCCUUCAAGUGCUGUAAAACAAGUGGUGAAAAGCAUGAACGAGCGAUAUAAAUUCUGCAUCAGCAUGUGCAAGAAGCUCACGGAGCAGCUCAACCGUUUUUUUUCAGACAAGCAGCGUUUUGUGGAUGAGAUCAACAGUGUCACAGCAGAAAAGUUAAUCUACAACUGUGCUGUGGAGAUGGUCCAGUCAGCAGCACUAGAUGAGAUGUUCCAGCAUGCAGAGGAUAUUGCUUAUCGCUACCACAAAGCAGCACUACUAUUAGAAGGCCUAACCAAGAUCCUGCAGAGUCCCGCAGACAUAGAAAACGUCCACAAGUAUAAAGCCAAUGUUGAAAAUAGACUGUCGGCACUUUGCUACGGAGCAGUGGCUGUGUAUGAUUAGUAACAGUAUCCACUGAAACAUGGAAUAGCUAAACAAGGGACCACUAUAGCUUAGUUCUUUGUUUCUGUUACUAGAGAUUUUCCAUCUAAUGCUCGGAAAGAGAACUAGAAGUCCCUUUUUUGGAGCCUUUCAGAGACGAACAAUAAUCCCAGGACUGAAAAUUUAAGUAUGCAGGAAGGCUGCCUUAUUUUAAAGACACUCCUUGCAAAAUAUGCCUUUCAACAUACACGUGACACGGAAGGAAAUUUCUGCAAAUUUUAACCUUGUGUAUGUAUUUCUAAUGUGUAAAAUGAAUAAUAGACUGUGGUUGCUCCAGUAAUAAUGGACGAGAUGUUGGAAAUGGAAGCUAGACCUUCAGGAAUGGUGGCUGCAACAGCAAAAGGACUCCAUGUUACCUGCAUGGGAGUUUCUUUAUUAAGGUCUGGAUCCAGAACAUUCAUCCAUUCAUCUUUACAAAGAGAAGCAGAAGCAGAGCACUUUAUACUGUGUAGGAACAGUAAAAACUAUUCAAAUCCAGCCAUGUGGAGUCUUGAUUCAUUUUAUUAUCCAUUUUGAUGUUGCUACUUGACGUUCUACUUUUAAACCAAUUUAUUUUGCACUAAUUUCUUAAAACUGUAAAUUACCUUAUACGGAACUCUUUAUCAAUAUUAAAAAAGGCACAAUGAAUUUACUGAGAAAAUUAUCAUUUCAUUUUAUGUAUAGAAAAAAAAAGUUGAAAUUUAAUAUGUAGCUUCCUAAAGACUUUACAAACUAUACAAAGGAAUUUAUUUGUGACCCUUUUGUAUCUCUUUUGUCUAAUACUUGAUUACUAAUGUCUGUUUUUUUUCAUGUUUUACUUUGUUGGUAUUUGCUUUCUAUACAGAUAUUGUGUGUUGCAUAUAAUGGUUGUGCAUGUGAUAACGUGCUUACUUACAGUUGUCCUCUUUAUUGGGUAUUUCCUAACGGACGUAAAUAUGUUUCACCGACAGUGUUAGAGAGGGAAGACUAUGAUGUAACAUAGGCUGUUGUGUGUGAACUACUACUGUGUUAGAGAUGUUAAACAGUAGUUUAGGUCAGUUAAAUCCCAGUAUCUGUCGUGUGGCUUGUAAAGCGCUAUGGUGUUGUUCACAUGGCUCAACAGUAGGUGGCGUAGUAUAAGCAGCGCUUAACAAGGGCGCCAAAGGAUUAGUAACAAAAGUUGCUAUGUGACUUGUACAUCUAGGGUUUAUGCUCUCUAUAGAAAGCCAGUACUUGGUAAGGAACAUCAAUUUAGACAACCGAUGCCACUUGCUUGGUUUGUAUUAUGCCAUUUUCAUUAAUGUGAAUCUUUCAAUACAAUUUUGGAAAAGCCUUUUAUGUAAUUUUUCCUAUUAACUGCCACCAUAAAAUUGCUCACUCCAUAGAGGGUGAGCCCAAUAUUUAUCCAUACAUGGACUUACCAAUUAACAACAUUUUAAUAGCUUUAACUUCAUUAUAGUUAUUAUUGUAAAAAGGCAUUUCAAGUGUAUUACGCAUUUUUGCCUCUAUAAAGCUUGUGCUUUUAGACUUUUUGACAAAUUUGGGCAAAUCCCAUUAUUGGUAUAUCAUUUGUAUUUACAGGUUUUUUUUUUUUUUUCCUUUUUUUUUUAAAGCUAAACUGAAAGGCAGUCAUGACAUCAAUCCUAUUUUAUUCCUUGUUACUGUAUAUGUGUUCCAAACAAAAAGGAUAUCUCUGAAUUUGGUUUAAUAAUACAUUUCUCUAGAUUUUUGUUUGGCAGUUGUAUGUAUUUUUACAGAAAAGACAGAUUUAUGACAGUUUAGAGGCACUUAUUUUGCCCAUUCAUUGUCUCCCGAUAGCCGACUCUUGUAGCAAGUUAUACUCCCCUAACAUCAGAGCCCUUGUUCUGUUGCUCUCAUGGAGAAGGGCUUCCAAGUUCAGGGGGUGCAUUUGACCUCCCCAUGUGACAAUACACAUGAAUGAAUGGCCUAUUGCCAGUCACAUGACCAGGCAGUGAUGCCAUCCACCACAGUAAGCACACAUGAAUGGGUGGGUAUACCUCGCCGAAGAGGUGGGCUAUCAGGAUGCACUGUUACUCUUCUAUGAUUGAGCAGAUAACAGUGGGAUGGAUUUACUAAAGGCAAAUUGAUUGUGCAUGUGCACAAAUUUUCCUCAGAGCUUAGUAAAUGUGUUAAAGCUCUGCUGAUUUCCAUCAUCUAAUCAUAUGCAAGCAAUUUAACACAUUUUCAUAUACUAAAGAAAGUAAGUGCAACUGUACUUGCAAAGAGCACAGUCUUAUUGUCAUAUUUGCCUUUGGUAGAUCAACAUCAAUGUCUCUUUAAAGCUAUUGCCCUAAAGAAAUCCUUUUUUGCGAUGAAUUAUCAUCUGUUAAUGUUACUGUACAGCCCACUGAUAAUGAGGUUUACAAGUUUCAGAGAAAAGGUAGAACUUCAUAUUUGGUAGAGGAGAAUGCCAACAAAUACAAGCAUUCAGUCCACCUUAGCAGGCUUCAGUUGUCAGCCAUGAGAAGGAAGACCCUCGUUACACCACAUCACUCAGGUCUAGACAGCUUUUAUUUUUUAUUUUUUUACUUACUUAAACUGGAGCGCUCAUUUUAGAGAAAAGGUUUAAGUAUUGUGAAAGGUAAUGCUACCUUUCAUUUUGCCAGGAUGAGUAUUGGGAACAAAACCAUGACAUUCAUUUAAACAGUCUUGUAUUGCGUUUGCCCAGUAGAUUCAUAAGAAAACAUGGAGACUACCAUCUAAGCUUGCCAAGCUCUUCCACGAGUUGGCAUAAUCUCCAGCAAAUAGUAUUUUUCUCCUGAAACGUUGAUACUUGAACAUAAAUUUUACAUUUUUUUACAAACAAAAACCUGUCAACUUUCAAUACUAUUACUAAAAUAGUACAAAGACACUUCAGACAUCUGCAAUACAUUGAUAUUAUUUUACCGCGUGUUUUACUUGACAGCAAUGUUUUUAUUAUUUAUCUGAAAUUCUGCCAAUUAAUUUUCAAAGUGUUUUUAUUUAUGUACUUGCUUGUGAAAUAUACAAAUGCAUUGUGUGUGCAUUUCUAGGUCUUUAAUACCGUGUUUCUACCUCUUGUUUGUAAACUGCAUGCAUUCAACUUAGGUAACAACUCACAGAACUGUUGCAAAAAUAGCCUUUUUUAUUAUGGCUUGUAUAAAUGUAUAUGAUGAAUAAAAUAAGGAGAAAAGACU